AUGAGCCCCUUCUGGGGCCUGGCACUGGUCUUGGCAAUGGAGGUAGACAAGGAUCUUGCUGGGCCGAAUGAGAAGAUAAAUAAGUCAAUGGCAGGUAUUGAUAAGGGCAAUGACAAGGAUAAGAUAAGGUGCUGCAGCUGGCGGCCCGCACUUGCCAGCUUGGGCCUGAACUUCAAUAAAAUUGUCCGUUCGUCCAUGACCGGGGCCAUCGACACCACUGCUGUCGUCAGCGAACACCUGCCAGGCGUCUCCAAGGUCAGCGCAGACCUGCGGAGGGAAGGCGCCCCCAUCGAGCCCGACCCACCCGUGUCCCACUGGAAGCCCGAGGCUGUGCGGUAUUACGAAGCCGGGGCCCGGAUCGAGGCCGCCUUCCGGAACCACACCCACCGGGCAGACGCCAAGCAGCAGGAGGACAGUUACGUGAUCUGCAGCUGCCAUGCCAACGUCAUCCGCUACCUGGUGUGCCGGGCGCUGCCGUUCCCCCCGGAAGUCUGGCUCCACCUCUCUCUCAAGGACAGUAGCAUCAGCCACCUGGUUGUUCGGCCUGGUGGCCGAGGGGCGCUCAGGGCCCUCGGGGACACGGGGUUCAUGCCUCGGCCGGACAAGAUCUCCCGCUCCUGA